AGCUGGACUGGUGCCUGGAGCAGCUGGAGACACUGCAGACUCGUCGCUCGGUGGGCGAGAUGGCUUCCAACAAGGUGAGGACGCUGCACCCCUGUUUGCCGUCCUCCCUACUCACCGUCCUCCCUGCUCAUCCUCCUCCCGGGCCCUGCAGUUCAAGCGCAUGCUCAACCGCGAGUUGACCCACCUGUCGGAAACCAGCCGCUCAGGGAACCAGGUGUCAGAGUUCAUCUCGCAGACGUUCCUGGACCAGCAGGCUGAGGUGGAGCUGCCUAAGCCGCCCACGGUAGACAACCCGUGGCCCAUGGCCCAGAUCACUGGGCUGUGUCGGUCCCCCCACACCAGCCUUCCCACAGCCGCCAUCCCACGCUUUGGGGUCCAGACAGACCAGGAGGAGCAGCUGGCUAAGGAGCUUGAAGACGCCAACAGAUGGGGAUUUGACGUGUUCAAAGUGGCUGAGCUGAGUGGGAACCUGCCCCUCACAGCUGUGAUGUUCAGCGUCCUCCAGGAACGGGACCUGCUCAAGACGUUCCAGAUCCCAGCGGACACGCUGCAGAAGUACCUGCUGACCCUAGAGGGGCACUACCACUCCGACGUGGCGUACCACAACAGCACGCAUGCUGCCGACGUGGUGCAGUCUGCGCAUGUGUUGCUGAGCGCCCCAGCCCUGGAGGCCGUGUUCACGGACCUUGAAGUCUUGGCAGCUAUCUUUGCGUGCGCUAUACACGACGUAGACCACCCGGGUGUCUCCAACCAAUUUCUCAUCAACACCAACUCGGAGCUGGCCCUGAUGUACAAUGACUCAUCGGUGCUGGAGAACCAUCACCUGGCGGUAGGCUUCAAGCUCCUGCAGGGGGAAAACUGUGACAUCUUCCGGAAUCUCAGCACCAAACAGAGACUGAGUCUGCGCAGGAUGGUCAUAGACAUGGUGCUGGCCACAGACAUGUGUAAGCACAUGAGCCUCCUGGCCGACCUUAAGACCAUGGUAGAGACGAAGAAGGUGACUAGCCUUGGCGUCCUGCUCUUGGACAACUACUCCGACCGCAUCCAGGUCCUCCAGAGCCUGGUGCACUGCGCCGACCUUAGCAACCCCGCCAAGCCGCUACCCCUCUACCGCCAGUGGACGGAGCGCAUCAUGGCCGAGUUCUUCCAGCAGGGCGACCGGGAGCGUGAGUCAGGCCUGGACAUCAGCCCCAUGUGUGACAAGCACACAGCCUCAGUGGAGAAAUCCCAGGUGGGAUUCAUUGACUACAUCGCUCACCCAUUGUGGGAAACAUGGGCUGACCUAGUACACCCUGACGCUCAGGAGCUGCUGGAUACCUUGGAAGACAACAGAGAGUGGUAUCAGAGUCGGGUUCCCUACAGCCCUCCACACGGCACUGGCCUGGACAGGUUCAAGUUUAAGCUGACCCUGGAGGAGACAGAGGAGGAGGAGGAGAAGGAGGACGAAGAAGAGGAAGAGGAGGAAGGGCAGUACACAGCACUGAACAGGAAGUCCUCAGAGCCACCCAGCACUUAACUCCUGUCCUCCAAGGCCAACCCAGAGCCCAGCGUCUGCUUUGUCCAACAAGAGUUGGGCUAGUCUGGCGCGGACCAUGAAGUCAUGGGUGCUGAUGCCUUCUCUUUCUGCCAGUCAAAGAUACAGCCAAGAUUUACACAUAGCCAAGCUUGAGGUCCUGAAAGCCUGUGGCUGGGGUUAAUUCUGACCGCAGGGUUGGCUAGAAUGGCACCAGGGCCUGGGCAGUGCCACCUCAUGCAUCUCAGAAGAUGGACUAGGCUUCAGUCUGCACGCAGGCUACAGCAGGACUCUGUGUUCUAGUUUAGUUGGUUUCUUUUUGGUGCUGAAGAUGGAACCCCAGAUUCCCAUGUGAGCAUAGUGACCCCCAGCCCCAUCGUCCUCCCUUGAUGUCCUGCCUUCACCAGUCCAACCGCAAGCCUUCACUGAGUCCCUCAGGGGGGAUCCCUUUCGUAAAAUGCGGGCAGGGACCGCCUCCCACAGAGGUCUGGUGUCUCCUGACACCAUUGGUUGCACAAGACUCUUCUUAGCUAGCGAGAGGUCAGUGACCCCUGCAGGCCUCCGGCUUGCCAUGAACUGCUCAUACACUUCAGGAAACUGGUGGAGAAUCAGUGAGAAUCCACUUCAACAAGAUUGGGCUUCCCAAACCGUGCGCCGAAGCACCGCUGUUCUCCACAGGCGUUCCCCAGACUCAGGAGGUGGAGACAGCUGGUCCACACUGGGCAGCCGGACCAGAAAUAAAAAGAGCCAGAGUGUGGCUAAGGGGUGGAGCCAAUGAGGGGUAUGGGGCGUGGCUCUGGUAACAGAGCUUCAGCUUGUGGAAAGUCCUGAGUUCCAUUUCUAUCACUGCAAAAAUAGAAAUAAACCUGCUCGUUCACUUGUG